UCCCCCCCGCGCCCCGGGCUCCGGCCAUGAAGCCCCACUCAGGGCCGGAGGAGGCCCAGCCGCCGGCCUCAGACAUCCGCGUGUUCGCCAGCAGCUGCUCGAUGCACGGCCUGGGCCACGUCUUCGGCCCGGGGGGCCCGAUGGCACGCCGGGGGCUGUGGACCGCAGCCGUGCUCCUGGCACUGGCCACCCUCCUCUACCAGGUGGCUGGGAGGGUGCGCUACUACGGGGAGUUCCACCACGAGACGGCCCUGGAGGAGCGUGAGAGCCGCCGGCUCACCUUCCCGGCCGUCACCCUGUGCAACAUCAACCCGCUGCGCCGCUCACGCCUCACGCCCAAUGACCUGCACUGGGCCGGGCCCGCGCUGCUGGGCCUGGAGCCCGCCGAGCACGCCGCCUAUCUGCGUGCCCUGGGCCGGCCCCCCGCGCCGCCCGGCUUCAUGCCCAGCCCCACCUUCGACGUGGCCCGGCUCUACGCCCGGGCCGGGCACGCCCUCGAGGACAUGCUGCUGGCCUGCCGCUACCGAGGCUGGCCGUGCGGGCCCGAGAACUUCACCACGGUCUUCACCCGCAUGGGGCAGUGCUACACCUUUAACUCCGGCGCCGAAGGGGCAGAGCUGCUCACCACUCCCAAGGGCGGCGCGGGCAACGGGCUGCAGGUCAUGCUGGACGUGCAGCAGGAUGAGUAUCUGCCCAUGUGGAGGGAUACGGAGGAGACGCCGUUUGAGGUGGGGAUCCGAGUGCAGAUCCACAGCCAGGAGGAGCCGCCACUCAUUGACCAGCUGGGCUUCGGGGCGGCCCCUGGCUACCAGACUUUUGUGUCCUGCCAGAAGCAGCAACUGAGCUUCCUGCCGCCACCCUGGGGUGACUGCAGCUCUGUCUCUCUGGACCCUGACUUUGAGCCAGAACCCUCUGGUCCUCUGGGUGCCCCCAGUCCCAGCCCAGGCCCCAGCCCUCCCUAUAGUCUAAUAGGGUGUCGCCUGGCCUGCGAGAGCCGCUAUGUGGCUCGGAAGUGCGGCUGCCGAAUGAUGCAUAUGCCAGGCGGCACGCCGGUGUGCAGCCCCCACCAGUACAAGGACUGCGCCCACCCGGCGCUGGACGCCAUGCUGCGGAAGGACGCGUGCACCUGCCCCAACCCGUGCGCCAGCACGCGCUACGCCAAGGAGCUCUCCAUGGUGCGGAUGCCGAGCCGCGCCGCCGCCCGCUACCUGGCCCGGAAACACAACCGCAGCGAGGCCUACAUCGUGGAGAAUGUGCUGAUGCUGGACAUCUUCUUUGAGGCCCUCAACUACGAGACGGUGGAGCAGAAGAAGGCCUACGAAAUGUCGGAGCUGCUCGGUGACAUUGGGGGCCAGAUGGGGCUGUUCGUCGGCGCCAGCCUGCUCACGGUCCUGGAGAUCUUGGACUACCUCUGUGAGGUGUUCUGGGACAGAGUCCUGGGAUACUUCUGGAACCGAAAGCGCUCCCAAAGGCACUCCAGCGCCAACCUGCUUCAGGAAGGGCUGGGCAGCCAUCAAACCCCAGUUCCCCACCUCAGCCUGGGCCCCAGGCCUCCCACCCCUCCCUGUGCCGUCACCAAGACGCUCUCUUCCUCUCAACGCACCUGCUACCUCGUCACCCGGCUCUAGAUGGGGCGUCUGUGUCUUCAGGGCCACACCCUGACAUCCCGGACGUGGCCAGCCCGCACGUGUCUUUGCCAC